AUGCCUGCCAUAACCCUCAUCUUAAAUACCAACCACACCAAUAAAGCUACGGUCGUCACGACGAUACCCUCAGGCGCGUACCUGCUCACACAAGCCCGUAAUAAGUUUCGCUCCAAGGCGCUGUCUACUGUCUUUCGCCAGGGAGGUGUCGUUCUCGGUUUAGAGGACGAGCUGCCGCAAGAUGAGAACAAAGUUUGGAUUUCGAAGGGAGAGGAAUACAAUGGACCUCCGGCGAGAGAACAGCUGCGCGAGCCUGGGGACGUCGCCGAAGUGCGGACAAUCGCAUCCAAGAGCUACGUGAACGACCAAGCAGUGAAGCAGCUGCAACAGGUGGCCGCCCUGCCAGGCGUUAGAGUGGCAGUCGGGAUGCCCGACCUGCACCCAGGCUCCCGUUUCCCCAUCGGCUGCGCGCUCAUAGCAGACGGCGUCUACCCCGCACUCAUAGGCUCCGAUAUCGGCUGCGGCAUCGCCCUAUACCGUCUGUCCGCCCUCCCCUCGCGGCUCGAUCCAGGGAAGCUGGCACACCGCCUAGUUGGGCUGGACGAGCCAUGGGAAGGGGAUGUGCGCGAGUGGUUGCGAGGGUACGCAGUGGAUAGAGAGACAGAGUUUGACGCUUCUUCGUUGGGCACCGUAGGCGGAGGGAACCAUUUUGCAGAGAUAUGCAGGGUGGAAAAGGUCGUUUACACCCAGGUAGCAGCGGACCUAUGCAUAUCAGAGGAUGACAUCUACCUUCUUGUGCACAGCGGUUCCCGCGGUCUUGGCAGCUCCAUCCUCGCCUCUCAAACCUCGUCCAGCUCGAACCCCUACCUGCCCCCUUCCUCCGCCGCCCUCUCCGCCUACCUAGAAGAAUACGACGCCGCGCUCCUCUGGGCGCUCGCAAACCGUGACCUGAUCGCUCAGCGCAUCGCUCUCUGCCUCGGCCUCCCAACGCCGCUCGAGAAAAUUGUAGAAGUGUACCAUAAUUCUGUCACGCCUGUGCGGGGGGAAGAUGGCGUGAGCAGGUGGUUGCAUAGGAAAGGCGCGGCGCCGAGUGAUAGGGGAUGCGUACCGUGCCCCGGGAGCAGGGGGGACUUUUCCUGGCUAUUGCGACCUAGGGGGGAUGGCAGGGUGAACGCAUAUUCUCUCGCACACGGUGCAGGCCGGCUCCAUUGCCGACAAGAUAUGCACCAAUCCAAGCCUCCGAAAGGGUCGUUACUAGUCACCUCCCUCGGCUCGGAGGUGGCAUGCGAAGACCCGGAGCUGCUACUUGAGGAGAGGCCUGAGGCUUAUAAGAGCGUCGAGUGUGUUGUGGGGGAUUUGGAGGAUGAAGGGGUUGCGGAGCGGGUGAACGCGGUAUCGGAUAUGCAUGAAUCAUAUUUUGGCGACAUGCAAAGCAUACCAUUGUAA